AUGGAGGAGUCCAAAAAGACAUACCGUGAGCAAGAAAAGAAGAUGACAAUUAAAAUAGGCAAAGCCGGAGGCGGCACUGGAGCAGUGGUUUUGUUGGGUUUAGCCGCCUUGGCUGCUGCUGCCGCUAUAGCGUCGGCCCUCAUAGUCAGGAAAAAGGGGCAGAAAUCUGGCAAGAACCAUCACAGCCACCAGGAGGUGGAGCAGAGUCUACAAACUGAAUUCCCUAAGACAUUAAACAAGGAGAAUGAUCAAGAUAAUGCAAGCGCAGAGAGAGAAUUUAUUCUUCCUAAUACACCUCUGUCUGUAAAGAACCAUCAAUGCAAUAGAACACCAGAUAUGGACGUGAUGAAGGAUGAUUCUGCUUCAUUUCUCUUUACUGAGAACUUCAAAUUGGAUGAAAAGCCCAUGCUUGAAAUUAAUGGUGGAACAGGAGGUCCUGCGUAUAAGGAAAAAGAGGUUUGCUGCUCUGAUAAUACUAAAAAACUGGAAAGCAGUGCCAAUACUGAGGACUCUGUUACUGUUGUUAAUAAGGAAGAAUUCCAUUUGCCAACAUUUGACGAUAAAUUGCUUCUUGAACCGGAGUUGAAGGACAAAACACAAAAUCCUGAAGUAGAGAUCGAGUUAACCAUGGAUGAUGAAGCCAUUGAGGGUGUUCAUAUUGAUAAAAUCGUAGCAGAAAAUAACCAAGAGGUGCAAGAGAAUAUUGAGUGGAAAAUGAAUGCUGUAGAGAUGCAAUUUUGUGAAGAAGAGAAGACUAAGAAUUGUCUUGAUCAAGAAAUUAUUAUAACCACGCGUGGUUCCAUGCCCGGAAAUAUUGUUACGGAGAAUUAUGGUGAAUGUGGUCAAGAAUUAGUACCGCCAGUUUUCAACUAUCAACUUAUUAAUGAACACGAAAGCACAAAUAGUAACAAGAAAGAAAACUCUCUGCUGAUUGCAAAUGUCGAAAAAGUUGAAGGAAAUGGAGCUAUUGAGACAGCUCAAGUAGAUGACAGCAUUCUCAAAUCAAAAAUGCAUUUGGUUAAAGAAAGUGAUUAUCCUGAUGCAGUAAUUGUUCAAGAUUAUGAACAAGAAAUCUCCUGUAACGAUGACGAACAAAAUGUUGAAAACAGCCAAUGUGAAGAUUAUCUCAAGGACGUGCAAACCUUAUCCUUUCCAACAGAACUUCCUGAGACAUUAAACGAGGAGAAUGAUCAAGUAAAUGCAAGCAAAGAGAUACAGUUAAUUCCUCGUCCAUGCACAGGAGCAGCUGAUAUGGUUGUCGAGGCUGAUUCUGCUUCACGUGUCUUCUCCGAGAACUUGAAAUUGAAUGAGAUGCCUAUUGCUGAUGGCUCUGUGACUUCUAUUAAGGAAGAGUUCCAUCUGCCAACAUUUGAUGAUAAAUUGCCUCUUAAACCUGAGCUCAAGGAUAAAAUGCAGAAUCGUGAAGAAGAAAUCAAGUUAACCAAGGAUGAUGAUGCCAUUGAGGGUGUUCAUAUUGAUAAAAUCAUGGUAGAAAAUAACCAAGAAAUGCAAGAGAAUAUUGAAGCAAAAGAGAAUGCUGUAGAGAUGCAAUUUAGUGAAGAAGAAGAUGAGACUAAGAAUUUUUGUUAUGAAGAUAAAAUAAUAUGCACGUGUAGUUCUAUGCCAGGAAAUAUUGCUACGAUUUAUGGUGAAGGUGGGCGAGAAUUAUUGCUGCCACUUAUUGACAGUCGGCCCAUUAUCGAAAAUGAAAACACAAACAGCGACUAUAAAGAAAGCUCUCUGCCAAUUGAAACUGUUGAAAAAAUUGAAGGAAAUGGAGCCAUUGAGACAGCUCAAGUAGAUGACAGCAUUCACAAAUCAAAAAUGCAAUUGGUUAAACAAGGAUGUGAUCAUCCUGAUGCAGAAAUUGUUCAAGAUUAUGAACAAAUCUCUUGUAAUGACGAUGAACAAAAUGCUGAAAACAGUCAAUAUGAAGAUUAUGUCAAGGACGUGCUAACCUUCUCCUGGCCAACAGAACUCCCUGCGAAUGAGAAUGGUCAAGACAAUGCUAGCAAAGAAAUACAGUUUAUUCUUCCUCAUACACAUCCGUCGGAAAAGAAAAAUCCAUGCACAGGAGGAGCAGAUGUGGAUGAGAGCGAGGAUAUUUCUGCUUCAUUUGUCUUUACCGAGUACUCGAUAUUGAAUGAGAAGCCUAUUGCUGAUGGCUCUGUGACUGUUAUUAAGGAAGAAUUCCAUCUGCCAACAUUUGAUGAUAAAUUGCUUUUUGAACCCGAGUCGAAUUACAAAAUUCACAAAAAUGAAGUAGAAAUCGAGUUGGCCAAAGGAGAUGGUGCCAUUGACGGUGCUUAUAUUGAUAAAAUCAUGGCAGAAGAUAACCAAAAUAUGCAAGAGAAUAUUGAAGGAAAACAGAGUGCUGUUGAGAUGCAAUUUAGUGAAGAGAAAACUAAAACUUGUCAUGAUCAAGAAAUUAUCAGCACGGGUAGUUCCAUGCCAGUUACUACAGUUUUGGAGAAUUACGGUGAAGAUAGGAAAGAAUUACUGUCUGUUUUUGACAGUCGACCUAUUAUCGAACAUGAAAAUGUAAACUGUGACAACAAAGAAGGUUCACUGCCCAUUGAAACUGUUCAAAAAAGUGAGAGAAAUGAAGCUAUUGAGACAGCUCAAGUAGAUGAGGGCAUUCACAAUGCAGAAGUGCAAUUGCUUGAACAAGACGAAUGUGAUUAUCCUGACGCAGGAAUCCAAGAUUGUGAGCAAAAACUAUCUCAUAAUGAUGAUGAACAAAAUGCUGAAAAUGGUCGAUGUGAAGAUUAUGUGAAGGAUGUGCAAACCUUCUCCUUUCCAAUUCUCCGCUAUCCGUCCAAAAUUAUGGCUGGAAUUGCUACUGACAAAGACUCUACGAACGAGCAGCUUUCAACUGAAGAUAUUGGAGUUAAUGUAACAAAUGCGGGAACUUCUGCAAAUCAGGAGAUGAAAGAAAACAGCACGCUGGAAUUAGUAGUCUGUCAACAGAAAGAAAUUGAAAAUGCUGAAAAGGAAAUUGAGGAAGCAUCAGAAACAAUUUGUGCAGGAAUUGACACAUCAGAAUAUGAUCCAAUUAUGCAAAUGAGCAAAGACGAAGAGAAGGGUGAAGACAAUGACAGAGAUGAUUUGGAUGAAGAAGAUCUUACCAAUACAAUUGAAGAGAGUUCAGUAGGAACAGGGAAUUCCUCCACAGAAUCCAAUGCAGAGUGUGUAGGAGAAGAAUUGUCUAUUGAUGGCAAAGGCAAUUCAAAGAUGACUUAUAUGGUGGAACUUGCUGAAACACACAAUAAUCAACACACAUACUCAUCCAGGCGGAGAAUACUAAUAGGGGCACUCUCAGCCCUGUCGUGGUUUUCAUGUACCUGGUUCUUUGGUUUGUCCUUCGUCAAGCUCAGCCUCAUUGUGUUCUUGACCAUGAUUCUCUCAAAGAUCCAUGGCUACUGA